UACGCGAUGGCCGCUCUCUCAAUAAUAUAGGGAUUUUGAGCGGAAAACAAUGGCCUGGUCGCUCGGAGAGGGGUGUUGUUACAUUGACUAACUACCGGAAUGAUAGCAGCACCAUUUUAGCUCGCUAGUUUUACUUUAAAGCUUGGUCAGAGAUGUUCCAUUUCUGUUAGGGACCCAGUGUUUUUCUUGUUCGUCUCCCGGGCCUGGCCAUAGCUGCCUACACUGUAGCGGCGGGUUGCUACUUUCGGAUGAGCGGGCAGUCACUCUCAAAGAGUUGUAGGAUGGAUCCAGACAGUGGGGCAGAAACACAAAAAGCUGUCAGUUUGCAGUGGAAGAGCUACAAACUCGUCCAGGACCCAGCCAUCAGGCGGGUCGCACAGAAAAUUUACAGAUAUGAUGGAGUGCAUUUCAGUGUGCCAGACUCUGGUUUUCCUCCUGUGGGCGAACUGCGGGACCCUAGACCCCGGAGACUGUGGUCCAGGUAUACAGAACUGUCCCUUCCAGUGCCAAAGUUUAAGCUUGAUGAGUUCUAUGUGGGUCCCAUACCACUCAAGGAGGUGACCUUUGCAAGACUCAAUGACAACAUCAAGGAGCCCUUCUUGGCAGAAAUGUGUGCUAAGUUUGGUGAGGUGGAGGAGAUGGAGAUCCUGUUUCACCCCAAGACCAAGAAGCACUUGGGGCUGGCCAGAGUGUUGUUCACCAGCACCAGAGGAGCCAAGGACACAGUUAAACAUCUGCACAACACUUCUGUCAUGGGUAACAUCAUUCAUGCUCAACUGGAUAUAAAAGAAAUUAGACGGAGGCUCUCCAGUGAGCUUGCAGUUUUGGCAGCAGGGGUCCAGGCCCUUACAUCAGGAAACAUUACCCCUUGCUCUGUGGACACUGGCUACAGUGACCAACGUCUGGACACACCCAAUUCGUCCAUGGGCCCCUACACCCCAGGCUCCUCUACUUCAUCUCAGGGUGGUGGAGGAACACCUUAUGGCUCCAGAUCUGGGACCCCUUUCUCACAAGAGUCGGGCUACACUGGUGGAAGGCAUCCUGGUUAUAACAGUGGCACUUUGGGCAGCGGCUACCCUCCCCAAGACAUGCUACCCUCCUCCUCCUCAUCUUCUGCUGUUUCAUCUACUGUCAGUGGAUACAAAGUGUCUCGAUACCCAGAGGAUGCACAGGAAUCUUCAGUGUAUCAUCGAGGUCGCCCUAUAUACCCCCCAACCCUAUCAUACCGUCCCAAUGAGCCGCCGUGCUACCCCCCAUUCCCCAGUGUUGGAGGGCCAGGGCCACACAUGGUGCACCACUGCUCAAUGCCUCCGCCACCUUUUGCCACGCAGUACGAUCAGCCCCCCAUGUCAGACAGAGAUAGGGAGCGUGACAGAGACUCAGGUGGGCGCUACGGCGCGGGAGGUAUUGGUUCUAGAAGGUCAUCUUAUCACCACCAGCAGGACACAAAUUCUUCCUCAAAGUACCAUUCCCAUCACUCCCACCACCACUCAGACCGCAGGGAUGACAGGGGGUACCGGCGAGACAGCCUGGGCUCCCGGUCAGGUGACCACAGCCACCAGAGACAUCGCAACCACCACCAUUCUCACAACCACCAUGGCGGCAGCAGUAGCCGCAGAAGGAGCAGCCACGACAGAGACAGAGAUCGAGAUAGAGACAGUGACUACUCUAAUAGCUCUGACCCCAGAUACAAUUCCAACUCAUACCACUCUUCCUCUAACAGCAUGUCUCCUCCCUCUUCAUCUUACUCUGCAUACGCCACCUCCAAAGAGCCUGCCUCAGCCCCCCCUCAAGGACUGGAUGUUUCCACAUCCCCCCCCCCCCCCCCCCCGCCCCCCCCGCCAGCCUCUGUUAUUGCAGCGGCUGUAGCUGAGACACUUGGAACAGUGGACUUCAACCAGGAUAGUCCAGCCUGUGAAGAGCAGUGGACAAAGCCCAAACGCCGUCCCAGCACCCCACCUGCCCCACCAAAGAUGCCUCCACCUUCCUCCCCGCCCCGUCCCUCCAUCAGUUCCUCCUCCACCUCACCUUCUUCCACUUCACUCCCCCUUCUCGUUCCUUCUUUGUCCAGCUCCCCACCGCCUCCCCAGCACGACUCCUCUUCCCCUGAGCCGGAUUCCACCAAUGAGAGUUUACCGUUUGUGUACCACAGCAGCAGCCUUGACUCUCGUAUUGAGAUGCUCCUGAAGGAACAGAAGGCUAAAUUUUCUUUCCUUGCCUCUGAUGAGGAAGAUGAGGAAGAUAGGAAUGAGCAGAAGCAUAGAGGUGCACGUAGGGAUGUAGGCGAACGAAGAGGAGGGUCAGGUGAUGUAACAGGGGAGCAUACAAGUGGUAAUCAGGAGGGAGACAGUGGGGAUAAGGCCCACAGGAGACAAGGGGAAAGAGACAGAGAUGGUCAUAGAGGAAGGAAACGGGGAAAGGAAGGAGAGGGUAGGAAGAGUCCCAUUGUACUCACAGCAACACCUUCCUCUUCCACCUGUUCUCCCCACAUCCCACCUCCAGAGGAACCCCAGCCCCAGGAUGACCUCUCUGCUUCUGGAGCUUUGCAGGAGGAAACUUCACAGGUGGAAUCUGCUGAUAAACAGGGCAGGACAGGAGCGCACACGCCACCUUAUAAUGGCCAGAGCCAGUCUUCCCCUCAUUCCUCAGGGGAAGACAUGGAGAUCUCAGACGAGGAGGAGGAGGAUACUACCAUAACAACUGUAACCACCCACCAGCCCUCAGUCACCUCAGGUUCAUCGCCCUCUUCGUCCCAGGCUGCCAUACCUUCACAAACAACAGAGACAUCGUCUUCACCACCACCCAUUUCUGACUCUGCACAGCACUUUGGCACCUCCAUGCACCCUCCCAUACCUUCCUACCCUCCUCAUUUGCCUCCUCCACCUCCCCCUGGGUACUCCCUCCAGCCCCCACCUCCCCCAGGGAUCCCCCCUCUUCCCCAUAUGGAGUUGCACCCUGAGUAUCCUCCUCCCAUGCCCCUCCACAUGUAUGACUAUGCUGCCUCCAUGGAGCUGAUGAACCAGUACAGUGGUGGGGCUCCUAUGUCCUUCCAAAUGCAGACCCACAUGUUAAGUCGCCUACACCAGCUGCGCAUGUUGUCAUCCAAUGGCACCCCAGACCCUGGUGAGGCAGCCACUGCAGACUACACAUCCUACCAUCUCCACUCUAUGCCGCCAACCCACACACACCACCCUUACAUGGACCAAGAGGGGAGUGGGGCCGGGGCUCAUUAUGACCAGGACCACCGCUACAUGCCCCCUCACAUGCCCUACCCCUACCCUGACCCCCACAUCACUCAGAUACCACCUCCUCCACAUACAGGCUGGCCACCACAUGUUUUACCACCACACUACCAAUCUUACAUGCCCCUACCUGGUUAUGACACCAUGCUGCCAGGGGGUAGAGGUGACUAUAGGGCUCCCGGGGAGGACAUGCCCAUGCUGGCUGAGAAGCCACAUGAAGGCACAGUGCAGAUGGUCCUGGCUGCUCUGAUCCAGGAAAUGAAAAACAUCAUGCAGAGGGACCUGAAUCGCAAGAUGGUGGAGAAUGUUGCCUUUGCCACAUUUGAUGAGUGGUGGGAGAGGAAAGAGACCAAGGCCAAGCCUUUCCAGACAAUGGUUAGGGGGGUGUCUGCUUUGCGGGAGGAUGAGAAGAAAGAGGAAAAGGUCAACCGUCCACGGGAGCCUCUCAUGUCUCUUGUGGAUUGGGCAAAGAGUGGUGGCAUGGAGGGCUUUUUUCUUGGAGGAGCACUACGCCUGCCUUCCUUUAAGGUGAAGAGGAAAGAACCUCAGGAGCUUGGAGAGGGAGACAUGAAAAGGCCACGACCCUCAAUGCCGCCAGAUGAGGAUGAUGAAGCUGCUGAUGGAAGAAUGCCAGAGGCAGACAGGCAUGGAGUUGAAAGGGACAACAAGAGGAGGAAAAAGAAGCCAAGAAGUCGUAAACCUUGGGAGCUGGACAGCGAGGGAGAAGAAACAUCAGAUGGCUCCUUGACUGAAAAGGAGGAUGAAGAAGAAGAAGAAAGUGAAAAGGAAUCUGAUGAUGAUGCCCUCAGUGCUGACAGUGAUGACGAGAGCCUCUCUUCAUCAUCUGAGGACUCUUCGUCUUCAGGGUCCUCAUCUUCAUCUGCCUCUGAGGAUGAGGAUGAAGAGGAAGGAGAGAGGGCUGACAGUGAAGGGCCAGACAGCAUGGACGAGUCAACAAUGGACAGCACAACAGAGAAAGACUAUGACAGGGAAAAUAGCACAGCUGCUGUUCCAAAGGCAGAGGUCAAAACAGGUGAAGCUAAGGACAGCAAGGCAGAUAAAACAACACUGCUUACCAAGCGCCCGCCAUCACCACCAUACCCACGUCCUUUGUCCCCAGUUGUACUUGUGCCCCCUCUCAAGAAACGCAGGAAAACUGUUUCGUUCUCCAUGGAGGACAGUGACAGUAAAAUGCAGCAACCGACUGCACCACAGUCGCCGUCUCCCUUACGAGUGGCGAGUGAAUCUCCCGUCCUCUCCCCCGGUCAGCUUUCUGACUCCCCUGUCACUGCUCCACCAACCUCCUCAACUCGUUCUACUCAGAGCAUCCGGCUGCUCCCCUUUGCCUCCAAACCAGGUGAAGGCAAUGCCCUCAUCGUACCCCCAGCAGGACGAACCCAAGAUUCUGAUGAGUCCAAAAAAGGAACUGUUGUUUCUCCCCAGACCACUCCUGUCAAAUCCCCUGGCAAACGAGGUGCAGGCAAAGACUCCCCCAGAUCUCCCGUUCUUCCUCCUGUUAUGGUUUGCCGCACUGUGCAGAACCUGCCUUUGGAUCAUGCUUCUAUGUGCAGGAUGGCCUUUGAAGAGGCCCCUCCUCCACCCCCUGCCAACAAACGGUCCAGAGGCAGACCUCGGACGACCAGCUUGUCUUUGUCGACCUGUCACUCCCUCAGAGAGGAAGACGAGGAUGAGGAAGAAAGUAAGCAGAGGUUGCGACUCAGAGAGCAGCUUGGGGCGUCCAGUCUUCUGCAGCUGGCCUCAGCUUCAACCACUGACCUGUCUGUUUUGGCAGAUGUAGCCUUGAAAAUGGACCCUGAUGCCGGGGACUCCGAGGAGACGGAGACAUCAGAUGAGGCAGAGGAGCAUAAGAUGGAAGAGGGUCUGUUCUCCCCAGAGUCACUGGCCCGGAUUAUGAGUCCAGAGGGUGUAAUUGUCAUUAUGGAGCACAACUACUGCAGACCCCCAGUUCUGCCAGCACCACCCAGUACCAAAAGGACUUUGUCCAGACAAGACUCUUCUGUCUUACUCCCAGCAGACCUCAACACUAUUUCUGGGGUUCUUGAAGCACCAGAGGAGGUCAUUGGAGAGGUGAUACCAUCCAGGCCAGAUACAGGAGAAUACUUGUCUGCAAUGGGAGUGCUGUGUGAGUCUGAAGAUGUGGGCCAUACCACAGCUGUACCUUUAUCAUCAAAGAAGAAGAGUGUGAUUGGAAAGGGUUUCAAAACUGAAAAUGACAAGAGCAAAAAGAAGAGAAGAAAGGACAAAGAAAACCUGGAGGUUCUUCACACAAAAAAGCAGAAGGAGCAGCCAGGCAAGAAGCAAAGAAAGCAGAAACUAGAGGACUCAGACUUUGAGGAGGAUGUGGAUGUGGAGGAGCUUGAGUCUGGAGAGCUGUCCAGCUCAGACACAGAGGAGGAGGUGGUUGAAGAAGUGAGGAAGAGCGAGCGUCUCUUUCUGCAGGAAGCAGGGAUAGUGUCUUCCCAACGCUGGCCGAAACCUGUCCCAGCACCCGAGCCACCAGCUGUGAAGUUUGACAACCGUAGUGAGUUUGAGCAGAUGACCAUCCUAUACGACAUCUGGAACUCUGGUCUGGAUGGCGAAGACUUGAUGUUGCUGAAGAGAACAUAUGAAAAGCUGCUGCAGGAUGACCACAACUCUGACUGGCUCAAUGACACUCACUGGGUUAACCACACUGUAACCAAUUUGCCAAACCCUCGGCGUAAAAAGAAGAGUGCAGAUGGGCAGCUUCGUGAGCAUGUGACUGGUUGUGCCAGGAGUGAGGGUUACUAUGCCAUCAGCCGCAAAGAGAAGGACGUCUACCUGGACCUGGACUUGCCUGAGCAGGUCAUACGGGAGGUGGAGAAUGUCGACACCUCGGGUGCUAACCGGGUGCUAUCGGAGAGACGUUCAGAGCAGCGCCGGCUCCUCACAGUCAUUGGCACCACAGCUGUCAUGGACUCUGACCUGCUCAAACUUAACCAGCUGAAGUUCCGCAAGAAGAAGCUUCGUUUUGGACGCAGCAGGAUCCACGAAUGGGGUCUGUUCGCCAUGGAGCCUAUUGCUGCUGAUGAGAUGGUCAUUGAGUACGUGGGUCAAAACAUCCGACAGAUGGUGGCCGACAACAGAGAGAAGCAAUACGCACAGCAGGGCAUCGGGAGCAGCUACCUGUUCAGAGUGGACCACGACACAAUUAUAGAUGCCACCAAGUGUGGCAACCUGGCACGGUUCAUCAACCACUGCUGCACUCCAAACUGCUACGCCAAGGUCAUCACCAUAGAGUCCCAGAAAAAGAUCGUCAUCUACUCGAAGCAGGCCAUCGCGGUCAACGAAGAGAUCACCUAUGACUACAAAUUCCCCCUGGAGGAGAACAAGAUCCCUUUCGCCAAUGGCCAGCGAGAUCCACCCAACGUGCACACUGAGUCAAAGCCACCCUCUGAUACCCCACCAGUCACUCCUAUGGAUGGCCGAACAGCUGUCCUCACAAAACCCAGGAAACAGAGAUGCACACACUUGCACUUUUCACACACACACACACACACACACACACACACACACACCUCAUUCACUUGGCAGUUUCACAUGCCAGUGUGUGAGGGGGGCCUCUGUUUCAGCACUAGCUCUUCUGUGGCAGUAUUGUUGGAUAAUGUUUCAGUUAAGCUGCUCCAUGCAGCCAGGCAUGAGAGGUCUUUUGAUUUCCGUGCCAAUAUCUGUUUGAGGAUUUGAGAGUUAAAACCGAAAAAGAACGAGAAAAAUAACUUGAUGUUUUAUGUCUAUGUCAGCUCAAAUAACCUGCAGCCUGGGAUCACUCUUCCAGUGCCGAUUCCCUCCCUGCACCCACCCAGUCACACAGAUGUACAGGAACAUCUGAUAAAUUCAGGGUUUUUAAAAGCGCUUGUUAAGGGCGCAGUUUUAAGAUGACAACUUCAGUCAAUUUGGUCUUCAGUUAUGCAAGAUUUCCAAGUGUGAAGAUUGUUUUGAAGCUUUUUUUUUUUUUUUUAAUUUCAUUUCACGGUAUUAUAUAAUAAUAUUACUGUUGCUGUUAUUAAUGGUAUUGUUGUUUAUUUGCAUUAGCUGUAAGAAUCUUACAGUGCAAUGAGCUUCAGUGUACCCACCCAGUCCUCAGUGGCUCGUGAUUCAUCAAGACCUAUAGAGCCCGUUUCCUUUGUCCGUUGUGUUUUAUUCUCCCGAUUGGCCAAAACAGUCUCUAUGACUGAGAGUGAAGUCCUUUUGAAUUAUUGUUUUUAGCUCACUAUGAAAAUAUUUGCCAGUUAAGAUGUAGCUAAAAAUGUGUUAUUUUUUUUAUGGCUGCUCAAUUUUUGUCUGUAGUAUCAGCACAACCUUUUUUGCCCCCUAAGUUUAAGCUUUGUCAAGAAAAGGUCUUAUGAGGAGAACGUGAGAGUCUUUGUUUGAUGGGAUCGCUCUGUCUAUUUGUCAGUGUUCAGUUGUUUCUACCAUGGUAUCCUUAUGUUUUGUUUCAGUCAGCAGAUGUCAGAUUUCCAGUUCAGGAGCUGGCAAACAUUUCCUGCGAGUUCUUCAGUCAUUAAAGCAAAGAUCGCCACCAAACUCCUGCAGGUCCGACUAUAAAUGUUUGGUCAUUGUUGAACUUAGUCACUGUGUGUGCUAAAAAUGUUUUUAAAAUGCACAGUUUUCAGAUUUAAAGGUUUAGUAAAGUAUUUUUGCCCAGCUGUUGUGUGGGCCUUCCCAGAAUGCAUUACUAUGUAUUUUAUUUGAAAGUGUGUAGUAAUUCGCUUCCAACAUCUCUCCCUGAAAAACUAUAUAAGAAUCAGCUUAAGGCAAACGUCCUCAUCAUAAGAUCCGUUUGUAGUAUAUAUGGCUGGACGUUCUUGUUGCAAUGAUAGCCUUUGAGUGGAAACCAGCCCUCUUUACUACAGGAUAACAAAUGAGAGGGGGGAAAAAAUAAAAGAACAUAUAAAUAUUGUAAAGGUGUUUGUUUCUCGUAGAAACACACUGAUUCCAAGCUGUAAAUAUGUUGUUCCUUGUCCUCUCUCCAUGAGGAGGAAACCUGUACAUACCUUCCAUUCAUUUAUUUUUUAUUGUUUUUCCUUUUAAUUUGAUGAUUAUUUUAAUAUUAUUUGCAAUAUUUCUCUUGUAUUAAUACGUUGGACCCUUUAUUAA